AUGCGCUCUUCGACCAUCCUUCUUUCCGUCAUAUUGGUCAUAUGCUCUGGCUGUCUUGCCAGUCAUUCCCUUGUCACCGCCGACGUCUUCUACUGGCCUGUGUCGUCUCUCGAACCGUCAAUUCUCGCUCGCAUCUCCUAUGAUCCCGCCACCACCUCCACGCCUGACCUAGUCUCUUACACUCCCCCGAGCCCUACGAACGAUGCUGAGGUUCAGGACCUGGUCCGUGUCGGCCUAUUCAAAUCGACAUUGACACAUUCAAACCAAUGGAUUGGUACACUCACCUCACUCUCCGUUCUCUCGAAGGCCCGAAAUCCUCAAGCCGUCAUCCGGCUUCACUUGGACUCCUCCAAUGAAAUUUACCACGUCUCUUUAACCCCGAAAUCGACAUCGACAUCAACGGCCUCCUCAUCUUCGUCGGGGCCCAUCAUCGAGCUGGUCACCAGCGACGCAGGGCCACGUCCGCACCUAAACCGACCGAUUAUCGUUAGUCCGGACGGUGGAAACCCCGAGGAUGCUGUGGAAAAAACACUCUUUCAGAAAUAUUGGUGGGUCUUUCUCAUCAUAACUUUCUUAGCUAUGUCUGGAGGCGGGGAAGGGCAAUAA